AUGGCGUCUGCAGACCUGAAAGCUGAGCUGAGCUGCUCCAUCUGCCUGAGCACUUAUACAGACCCUGUAUCCCUGAGAUGUGGCCACAACUUCUGCCAGGACUGUAUUGUGAGGGUGCUGGAUACACAGGAGGAGGCUGGGGGCUAUUCCUGUCCGGAGUGCAGGGCAGAGUAUCAGGAGCGCCCAGCACUGGAGAAGAACAGGAAGCUCCGUAACAUUGUAGAGAGAUUCUCUCAAAGUCAGGAUAAUGUGUCUGAGGAGGAGGGUAAGGUCUUCUGUUUGUACUGUGUUGAUUCUCCUGUCCUGGCAGCUAAAACCUGUGUCCAGUGUGAGACCUCCCUGUGUGACACUCACCUCCAGGCGCACAACAAGGCAUUGAAUCACCUUUUAACUGAACCCACCAAAACCCUGGAGCACAGAAAAUGCUCUAUACAUAAGGAACGUCUGCAGUAUUACUGUUCUAAGGACGCUGCCUGUGUCUGUGAGACGUGCUGCCUGGCUGGGGAACACAGGGGAUGUAACAUUCGGCCAAUAAAUGAAGCUUUCAUGAAGAGAAAGCGAAAAAUCUUAAUAGCAUUUCAAAAACACAACUUAAAACAACAAAGAAUUCAGGAAACAUUGAAAACACUGCCUACAUUCAAGAAAAAAGUGCAAAAAGAAUCAAUUGCUGCCAAGAAGAAAAUAAACCUCUUAUUUACUCACAUUAAUAAGGAGAUAAGAAACCUGAAAAAAGAAUGUAUAGAUUACGUAAACAGUCAGAAACAGACAAUUUGUUAUCUCUCCAAGCAGCUGGAAACACGGAGAGGAGAGCUGAGCACGAGUAUACAAAACAUUAGGGAACUGUAUAACACCAGUGAUCCAUUAACUGGCUUACAAGACCGAGCAAUUGACAGAAUUGAAUCUGUAAAGGAUGAUGAACUAGACAGGAGCUUGAACAGGUUACUCUCUAAUUCAGUUGCCCGUGACGAAGCAAUUAUUUUAAUGAGCGCCUCCCAACGCCUAUUUAAUAUCGUGAGUAAGGAUGUUAUGAGAAAAUACGAUGUACCAGAAAAUUCCGUUAUACAGCUACUUGGUGGCACCACUGGUAAUAGGAUAGCUGCAUCAGACGGUGGCAGACUUAUAUCCUGUGCUAACAUAAACCAGAAUCAUCCAGAAAACCUGGAGCGUGUCAAUGAUUGCCCUCAGGUUUUAAGUAAGUCUUCAUUUUCCUCAGGACGACAUAUCUGGACAGUAGGGAUAAGUGAAUGUGGGCUGUGGAGAGUUGGAGCAGCCUAUGCCAGUAUAGUAAGACAAGGAGUUACGUCUCUUAUUGGAAGUAACAACAAGUCUUGGUGCGUAAUGAGAAAUAAAGGCUGUUUUACCGCUGUAUAUGCCAAUGAAGAAACAAAAUUCUAUCCAAAAGCCUCACUUCAUAAUUUAAUAAUAGAUCUGGACUAUGAGGCCGGGCGUCUGUCCUUCUAUCAGCUGUGUGACCCCAUCAGACACUUACACACCUUCUCCACCACCUUCUCCGAGCCCCUGCAUGCUGCCUUCUAUGUGAGUGAUGAUGCCUGGAUAAAGAUCAUGGAAUAA